UAUGUUCAUGCGGAGGAGUUCACUGAAAGCCCCACUAAUCCUUUCAGCUGCUCGUCCUCUGAAAGGUACAGAGGGUUGCAUUUCGGAGUUGGCUACAGCUAAAUUUUAAUGACAGGCAUUCUGUGGAUUUAUUUUUCCCCAUUUGUGAAGGUGGAAGCAAUUUUUUUUAUAUGGAUUCAUCUGCAUUUUGUUUUUGCAACUGCCCCGUUGAAAGGGAUUGUGUUAGUCUCGGCCAUUUGAAAAUGACAGAUACAGCAUGUGGAUAAGGACCGUGGCUGGAUAUCCUACGCUCUUGCUGUUGCUCUGUGGGAAAACAUAAGUUAUCUUGUAUUUUCAAGACUUAAAAAUGGGCUGCUCACCCUCCAAAGGUACCAAUUUGGGCAGCUUGGCUGCCAUGAGGAAGGGGAGAAUGUUGCCUCCUGUACCUCAAGAAACCAAACUAGAUGAAGACGGAGGGAAGAGUAAUGUCACUGGAUCUGCAAAGGGGGACUCAAAGGAAGACAAGGAAUCUCCACAUGUCCAGGUACCACAAAAAGAGGCCCAAAUGACACCACAAAAAAAGAAAUAUGUCACUGAAGAAGUGAGCACGGAGGCAAUGAACAUAGAUAAAGUGGAGAGUAUGGCAAAGGAAAAUGUCUCACUGCCACUGAGAAAGGAGAAAAAUAUUGACAAGCAGGAGUCGGCUGAUAAGAAUCUUGGCAGAAAACAAAAGAAAGCAGCCAAAGGUGUUAAAGGUACCAAAAGGAAAGACAAGGAAAAGAACAAGAUGUCUACAGAUCAAAAGGUGGACUUUCCAGAACCUUUAGUAAAGGCUCAUCAAGCUGCAUAUGCCUUUUUAAAUCCCAGCAUAAACAAAUAUGACUCUGUUCUUGCGCUUAUGGAACAAGCCACACAGACUCAGAUUUCUGUGCAGCCAAUGGUAGCCUUCAUGGCUUUACGCUAUGAGGAAGUAAUUCAGGGACUGGAAGAGAUGGUGGUCGAGGGGGAGAGGGUUUUGAAAGAAAAUGGGGAACAUCUUGCUUGGCCAAGUCAAAUGAAAAAUCUCUCAUCUUCAACUCGGAAGUCUGGCCCUGCUAGCACCGAAUCUCAACCAGAUUUGUUGCAGCAGCUGCUUCAGUACACCACCCAAAGGAUGAGGAAUGUGAGCCAGACUGUUGGUGGAAUUGGAGACUCUGCCUUGGAGGAGGCGGUGGACUACUUUGCGUCAGUGUCGGAGCUUUUAGAAGAGAAACUGAAGACCAAACGUGCAGUAGAAGCUAGAUUGAUGCGGCUCUUAACCAGAAUUGAAAUGGCUUCCUUGCGCAUGCCUGGAGCUGAGGAUUCAGCUCUUUUUAGUGAGGACAGUGGUAUUGGAGCUGAGAAUGAGUCCCUUAAUGGAUGUGACAAACGUCAUAGACCAGAGAGUUGUGGGUCCACUGGCACAAACAGAACUCCACUUAGCCCUACAGAAUACACCUCCAUGAACAUCAGUGGAGCAUCAAGAGAAAAAUAUAGGACUCAAAUAAGUCCAAGUGUUUCCCUCACCUCACUUAACUCACUUGAUUCUACAUGUACCAUAAUGCCUAAUGACCAAAGAGAUUCAUUGUUAGGAUCAGUCUCCUUAGAUGACGGUGAGGAUGACAAUAAUGAUGAAGAGGAAGGAGAGAAAGGUGUUGGGGUUGGAAAAGUAGCAUUCAGAUUGCGAUCUAAUUCUUCACCCUUGAGUUUUGAAGCCCCUCCGCUCCGCAUACCAACAAAACGCAUAGAAAAUCCUCAAAAUGUAGAAAUGACUCUAAAAAUGAAAAAUGCUAUAAGUGGUAGGAUACAGUUUGUUCAAAAGCAGAACACUUGUGCCACAGCAAAAGCAGCCGGUACUCUAAAGACCUCUAGACGGGAUUGGACAGAUGAGGAGGUGCAAUCUUCAAGGAGGCCUCAAACAGCAGCAGCUGUUCGGAGGAGUGAAAUAAAAAAGAACCCAGUUGCCAGAGGGCAACGUUCCCGGUCAGCGGAAUCCUUGCGGAGUAAAGGGGAAGAUCCAACUCUGUUUGAACUGGAAAGGACUCAGAAGGCUUUAAACCAAAGGUUACAAAGGAUGAGUGAAAGUAAGGUGGGAAGAAAUUCAAGGUCAGUUACUUUUAAACAAGUUCAAGGGAAUUCGCCAGCACAAUCUCCAGCAAAGAAUCAGAAAAGGCCUGCACAAGGCAGGAACUGUAAUAGCCAGCCACCUAAAGACCAAGCAACCCUCUCAAGGUGCAGCAAUAAAAAAGAAAAGCCACUCAAUAUUGAAGAUGACAAACAGGAAGGCAAAAUAACACCCAAGUGUCCUAUAAAAGCCACCCCUCCACCAAGCCCUCCUUUAUCACCACAACCGUCCUCUGGCUUUCACAGGGGAAGGAAUUCAGUCAAAAAACUGAUUGAUACCUUCAGCCAAGGUAUCGAGGUAAGAGAAGGUCCUAAAGUUCUUGGGCCUUUAAAAGGCGUAAGGCGGUGUGGUGUUCCCAUCUUACCUGGUUUGGGAAAUGUAGAAGCUGUUCUUAGCACGGGAGUGACAAGCUGUAGACCUGAGGAAAAAACAGAUUAUUUAGAUCUGGACAGUCUCCCUCCACCUCCUCUGGAAGUACUUAUGGACACUUCUUUUGAACGUGCCCAAAGUGGAUCAACUGCAACAGGAGAUGGGGCCACAAAAGUUGGGAAAUCACCUUUGCUGAAAAGGGCUGCUGUGUCCCAACGACUGAGGGCCUCAGUUCAGACUGUCACAGUUUUACCAAGCAAAGGAGGCUUACCACAGUCAUCAAAUAUUUCUACAGGCACAUCUGCUUUGUCAAAGGUCAGUCAACCCGAUGCUCAACCACAUUCGGAAAUGGAAACGGAUUCUUUACACCAGCAAGUUAGAAAGGUUUUACCCCUACGAAGAUCUUCAGACUCGAACUUAGAGAAAUCAUCGCUGAGUUGGGGAGCAACCUCCAAAGGUCACGGAGGAGCACCUGAUGCACAGCAUAAGGGCGACAUUUCAGUGCCUCAACCUAACAGUAGUGCAACUACAGUGCCUCCAUCCUCAGUUGCCUGUAGUCAACCACUUGCCACUCCACCUGUCUCCAGAGGACGAAUGUUGCCAUCUACCCCCUCUACUCCAAGCAGCUUGCAUAGAAGACUCCCCAGCCCCCUCGGUUCAAAAAAGGAAGCUACGACACCCUCAACAGAGAGCCCGACUGUUAACAGGAGAGCUUCCAUACCAUCAUCUCUUCAACGGAGACUCCCCAGCCCACCUGUUGGAAACCAGAACUCGAGCACCUCCUACUCUAUCAAAGCACCAUCUCCACCAGCCUCACCAAAGGUACAGAAGUUGUCAAGGGAGAACAGCACUGAAGAAUCAUCAAGUGCACGGAUGUUCAGCAAUGCUCGUUCGGUCUUCUGUCCAGUCUCUCCAUCUAUGUUUGAGGCACAGCCUUGCUCAGUUCCUCGACCUCCUCAUGCAUGGGCCUCCACCAGGGUUUCUGUUCUUUCAAGUUGUUGGGGAAGUCGAGGGCGGUUCCCUGUGUCUGCACAAGGACCGCGACCCUAUGUACGACGUAGCCAAUCAGACAGAAGGCCAAGUCUAAGUGUGACGCCCCGAUUCCAAGGGAUCUCAGUUGCUGAAACUUGUGGAAGUGAGCCAACAAUAUGUUCAAAGGGGCUAGAUGACGAUCCAGCAAGGCACCGUGAAUUAUGGGACAGCCAAUCCGACCUCAGAGCAACACCACGGUCUGCAUCUCACCCGGACCUGUGUGUUGUUGGACAGGCCUUACACAGGAGCUAAACAGGGCCAACACUAAGGCUGUGGGAUUAUAGAUUAGCAGGCUUUACAGUGGAUUUAAGCUUGGUUUGUUUAUUUCACUUGUAAGAGAAGAGGAGCUAAUUCCAACCACUAUGCCACGUAACCCAGCUCCAGAGAGUCUACACUUGCCUGGUUUCUCAUCAAAGUUGCGUUGCUGUUAACUGGCACUGCUGUGCUUCAUCCCGCAUGCUUCUGUUUUUUUUUAUGUUUACAGAAUACAAGACUUGUUUACUAGUUAGGGAAUAAUAUUAAAAAGAUAAGCAUGUGUCAUAUGUCUCACCAAAGUUACUCUUAGUUUCUAGUAGCUAGUUUAGACACUCAAUAUUGAGACAAAUGUGGUAUAUAAUGCUGUAGAACACAAAUGUAUCACAGACUAAAGUGAACUACAAUAAUUUGAAAAAUAGGAGUCAUCUUGAAAACUCCUAUAGUUUUUCAUGGUAUAUUUCUGAGAUGUUUUUUUUUUUUUUUUUGUAUAUGCUAUAAUUUGCUGUAAAACAAUGUGAAGCUGAUCUAAUUUUUGUAUUUUUUUCAGUCAGUCAUUUUUACUAUUUCUCUAUUAUUAAUGAUAAUAAUAAAAACAUAAAAAAUGCAA